GCUUGUGCGUCAUCAUUCUAGUUUUUGAACGCAUCAGUGUCGCGCUGAGCUGUAAGCGCGCUGUCAAAACUCAAAACAAAAUAGAAAAUGAUCGAAGAAAAUAAAAAUAAAACUUUUUUAGGAUUCGAUUUUAGUACUCAAAGGUUAAAAGCAAUUGUAAUUAGUGAAGACUACAAAGUGCUACAAGAAGCAGAUGUUGAAUUCGAUGUGGAUUUACCUGAGUUCAGGACUUCGGGAGGCGUGGUCAAAGGAGAAAAUGGUGAGGUGACAGCACCACCACUACUAUGGGUGAAGGCCCUGGAUAUGGUGAUGGAUAGGCUUAUUGUUGCUGGAGUAGACUUCUCAACCAUUGAAGCUCUGUCUGGUGCAGCACAGCAACAUGGGUCAGUCUGGUGGGCGAAAGGAUCUGAGGAGAGAUUAAAAUCUUUGUCAUCUGAAGACUUUCUUCAUAGUCAAUUGGCUUCUACAUUUAUGGCUAACUCUCCUGUGUGGAUGGACUCAAGUACAAGUGCUGACUGUCGAGCCCUUGAAGAAGCUGUUGGUGGAGCUGAGGAACUUGCCAAAAUAACAGGAUCCCGUGCUUAUGAACGCUUCACUGGGGCACAAAUACGCAAGAUGUUUAGAACUAGACCCAGGACAUAUUCAGCAACUGAGAGAAUAUCACUUGUAUCUUCAUUUGCCUGUUCAUUGUUUCUAGGCCAAUAUGCACCAAUUGAUUUGGCUGAUGGAUCUGGAAUGAAUUUAUUGGAUAUUCAUACGAUGAAAUGGUGUGAACAGGCUUUGAAGGCCUGUGGUAAUGAACAUCUAGCAACCAAGCUCGGGGCACCAGUACCCAGUGCUACAGUGGUUGGGAAAAUAUCACAAUAUUUUGUAAAGAGAUACGGAUUUACUCCAGAGUGUGAAGUGAUAGCUUUUACUGGUGAUAAUUGCUCGGCACUUGCUGGGCUCCGCCUCCGUUCAGGCUGUGUAGGCCUAAGUCUCGGUACAAGCGACACACUUCUACUAGGCCUACAGGAAGCCAGGGCUCCGCCAGCGGGCCAUAUCCUCGUAGGCCCCACAACUGACGCCCCGUAUAUGGCACUACUAUGCUUCUCCAAUGGGUCCCUGACGAGACAAAAUCAUAGGGAUAGGCUGGUAGGAACGAGUUGGGACGCAUUUAAUGAAUUGCUACGGUCGACUGUUAGAGGAAAUAUGGGUUACAUGGGUAUUUACUUCGACACCGCGGAGAUCGUGCCUCGCGCUGUCGCUGGCAAAUGGGUGUGGGAGUCGAAUGGGCGUAGUCUUGACAAGUGCGCGCCGCAGUUUGAGGCCCGGGCCCUACUCGAGGGGCAGGCGUUAGCUAGGCGGGCCCAUGCUGAGGAUAUGGGGUUCAGGCUUGACUCUAGAUCCCGCCUGGUAGCGACGGGCGGAGCAUCCGUCAACAAGGAGCUUCUGCAAAUAUUUGCUGAUGUAUUUCAUACUCCAGUGUAUGUACAGGAAGAGCACGCGAACGCAGCCCUAUUAGGCGCCGCUAUUCGCGCUGCGGAAGUAUGGAGCGCACAUACGGGAACUAAGCUGACUGGAAGCGAACCUACGAUAUCUCCAGUGGCUAAUCCAUACCCUGACUCGGAAGCGAUAUAUACUCCAAUGCUGCAACGAUAUCGACAAUAUGUUGAAACCAUUCCAAAACUACAGUAACAUUCCAAUAAUCGCUUUAUAUAAUGUAACGAUUUUAACCUAACUGGCGCUUUUGGCAUCUCCUUCACACCUAUCAAUAAUGAGCGAGAUCGCAUAAUUUUGCAUCACAUUUAAUACUCACACAGAGCUGUCAGUUUUUUAUGCAACCUUAAAUAAUGUUUUUACAGAUUUUUUAUUUAAGAAUUUAUUUUUGGCUAUUUAUUUCUCGCUAAGCGAACAUAUUUGAUGUUAUCUUAUAAGAUUCCUUUUGAUAUAUAACUUAUUUUAAAGCCAAAGGCAUUUUUGUGUUUGUUUAAUAAAUAUUUAAGCAUAUUUUUGAAGUGAAACUUCUUUAUCGACGUAUGGGA